UGAAAACCUCGGAUGUCUCAUUUCCUCAUUUUUUUUUUUAUUUUUUCUUUGGAUUGAUAAACUCGAUAAGCACAGAUUACUCUAACAAACUUUCGAAUCAGAUACUCCUAGCGCCAUCUAUGACGUGCUAUGAGAACCUUGUAUCAAAAUAGGAUCCACCAUUUUCGUCUGAGAAACUCGCCAGUGCGGUUGAUACUAACGUUGUUCCGGAUUAAAAAUUGAAGAAAGUGUGUAAAAAGUGCCCAAUUUGUGUUGUAAAGUGUCAAAAUACAUCGAAAAAAUGCAAGAGUCUGAAAUAGAAAGUGAAGAAAAUGAUCAGAAUUCCUACAUUGUUGGAGACGAUGUUACAUAUUUGAAAGACUCGGGCAAGGAACCUUCUAUCAAUACAUUAAUUCAGCAAGAUUUAAUGCAGUUCCAACUUCCAGAGCCCAUCUUAGGUUCAGCAUGUUUUAUUUCUUCAAGUCGUACUGAUUCGCCAAUUUCUGGCGAAAUAUUACCAUUUUCACAAGAUCCCAUGCUAAAUGCAGCUUGCAAGUUGACUACCUGUUCUAAUUAUGAUCUUGGAAAAUAUUCUCCAGAAAUUGUACCAAAUCCACGACGGCGUCGUCGUCGCACAAAGAAACCCACAUCUAAUCAGAUGGCUCCAGAAAAUGAGCCACUGCAGCAGCUGCAGCUACAAGCGCAACUAAAUAAAGUAGAUUGUCAUUCUUCGAAUGUUUCUGCACCAAAGGACUUAGUUUUAGACAGUAAAGGACCAGUCAUAACUUCACCUGAAAUAAUACCCGCAAAAAAACAGUGCACUAUUCAAAUAAAACCUACGAAUACAUCCCACAAAUCUCGUUCACCUGAUCUAGAAAUACAAGAUCAUACAAAAUCUUCGCAGUCACGAGCUUUGAUUGAAAAACAGCAUGACACCGACUAUCACAUGACAGACACUAAUAAUAGUACACCACAACCAGAAAAAAAAUAUCACAGAUCAUCCACUCCCAUACCAAUUUCAAUAAUUACUCUAAAUGCCCCGCGAAACAGUAGUUUUGACGUGGUUGUUGAUGAACUUCCCUUAGAUUUAAGCAUGAAAGAAUAUAUCACUCAGGAUAACAUCAACAAUAACCAUCAACAUUUACCUGCAUGUGAAGGAAAAAUGCCAAUACCGCCAGUUUCUUCAACUUUUCACACGCCGUCAUCGCUUAUUUCACUAUCGCUUGCAGUAAUUUCAAAGGAGUCCUUAACUUUGCUAGUGCACUCUUCAAAGGACUUAUUACCAACGGUUGAAAAACAAAGCUGUCCUAUACCUUCUACCAGUAGAGCUGAUUCGGUGUCUCCACGUCCUUCCUUCAACUUUGAUGAUCCGUGGAAUAGUGAUUUUUCUCCUGACGAUGGGGAUCCCGACUAUCAACCAAGUGAACAGUUAAAUACAUCACAUACUUCAAAUGAAUCGUUGACCCUAGAACCAGUUGAUGAGACAAGAGUGAAGCGAAAACGGGCCAAGCGAGGCAAAGCAAAUAAAGAAAACUGGACUUAUAAUCAAAAUAAAAUUAAAAGAAUGAAGGGAGAGAGUUACAGUGGGAGGAGAAAAACAGAAGACGGCAAAAUUGUGUUCGAUCUUGAAAAAAAUGAGCGUAGUGUUCAGCCUCGUUGUGAUCAUAAUGAUUCUUGCAAAUAUUUUGAUUGCUACAAAUUAACAGAAGAAGAUCGAAAUAUGUUAUUUAAGAAUUACUGGAAGCUAUCCUGGGAUACAAAAAAAAUUUGGGUACAACAAACUGUUCAAAAACUAGGUGUUUCCAAGCGGAAGUGUAGCGGAAACAGUUUUCGCAGAGGUAAUACUUUCAAGUACUCAUUUAAUGUGUUGGGAGAAAAAUACAAAGUUUGCAAAAAAAUGUACUUAAAUACAUUGAAUAUUGGCGAAUGGUCUGUACAUAACUGGGCCAAAAAUGAAGACAGAGAUGAAGUGGCGUCGGAGUCUGACAAAACCCACAGAAAUAACAGCGUAAAAGCGUUUGAAAACAUUGGAAGAAAUCAUGCAAUAGAAUUUUUAAAUAAUUUACCAAAAUUAGAGUCGCACUACUGCAGGAAGACGACAAGCAAACUUUAUUUAGAACAGAUAUGGCAAAGCAAAGAACAGCUAUACAGAGAAUACGUGAAGCAGCUUUUAGACAAAGGCAUUAAUGAAUAUAAAGUUUCACAGAAGAUUUUCUUUCAAGAAUUCGAUGCUAUGAAUCUGUCACUAUUUUCACCAAAAAAAGACCAAUGUGACUUGUGCUGUGCCUUCAAAGUCGGGAACAUUGCAGAAGAGGUAUAUACAGCACAUAGAGAGAAAAAAGAAAGAGCAAGACAAGAAAAAACCGCAGACAAAAAUAAUCCCGAUCCUGAGACAAUGGUAUUUACUUUUGAUUUACAAGCAGUGCUUCUAUCACCCUCAUUAAAAGCAUCUGCACUUUAUUAUAAAACAAAACUCAAAGUACACAACUUUACUUUGUUCAAUAUAAAAAAUAAUGACGGGUAUUGUUAUAUUUGGCAUGAAUGUGAAGGUGGUCUUUCUGCAAACGAAUUUUGCAGUAUAUUGCAGCACUUUAUUAAGCAUUACAUUCCACAAAACGUCAAGAAGAUUAUUUUUUGGAGCGAUGGAUGCACGAAUCAGAAUCGAAAUGCUAUACUUGCAAAUGCUUUACUGCAAAUCGCUGUCCAAAAAGAAAUUACGAUUACCCAAAAAUACCUUGAAAAGGGACACACUCAAAUGGAGGCAGAUUCUAUGCAUUCCACAAUAGAACGACAACUAAGAAAUCGAGAAAUUUACUCCCCGGCCCAAUACAUAGAUGUCUGUCGAAAUGCACGUUUGAAUAAACCCUAUGUUGUAAAUUAUUUAGACCACAGCAUUUUCCGAAAGUUUAGCUCAAUGCCAUAUUUAAACUCUAUAAGACCGGGCAAGAAAGCAGGAGAAGCAACUGUGUUUGAUUUGCGUUGCAUUGAGUACAGAACUGACGGAACUAUUUACAUAAAACAAGAGUUCUCCGAAGAAUUUGAACAAUUACGCAGAAAAAUUAAAAAACCAAGAGACUCAGACUCAAUGCCUCGUCUGUAUGACGCAAGGAUUCCUAUACCUCGAACUAAAUACAUCCAUUUGCAGGAACUUAAGGAAGUUCUACCCCAAGACGUUCAUUUAUUUUAUGACAGUUUACCCCAUGAAUGUCCAGGUAAUGGGAGAAAUGGAAAUAUCUGCACGUGCAGAAAAAAUAUUUUGAGCGAAGAGUCUUAAAAUAUAAUUAACAAUGAGUACUAUUUUGUGCAAUGAGACUGCUUAAUUAAGACUGAUUAUUUGAGAUUAAUACUAGUUCGUGCUAUUGACUGAUUUAAUUAAGAAACAUGAAUGGAUCUCACUAUUAACUAAUUAUUAAGUAGUACUAACUAACUAAUAUUAACUAGUUUUCGUUUUGUUCAAAGUUUUAUUUUUUAUCGUGUUUUUCCUAAACAUUUUACUUAUUUAGUUUAAAUAAAUUGCGUAAAUUAUUUAAACUAAAUUACACAUUAAAAUCUUUGCUAGAUUAAGUACCUAUUACGACAUUUAAAUCAAGAAAUUAAAAAAAUCUUUCUUAUUUUGUUUUGUUUGUACAAGUUUAUACUUUUGGAAGAAGUCUUUUCUUUAAUAACGCCUUUAAAUUUAAAUUUUAUGGUGUGUUUUAUUGUUCCCUUACGUAAUACUAUUGUUUUUUUUGUAAACAUGGCAAGAAAAUACAAACUGAUUCCCAAAACUGUACAUUGUUUUAAUUUGAAAACCUUACAUAAUCUUUCAAAAAAAUAUUAAGUUAUGAUGAAAACCUUGUAAGUCACAUCAAACUUAUUUAGGCACACGAUAUAGAAACCAUAUGAUACGUACCUAAGGAAUGCACAAAAUCUAAAAAAAAAACAAAA